CGCAUGUUUCAUUCAGAUUUUCGUAUCAAAACAUCGCGCUAUCGCAGCGCGCAGUUUUCUUGCUAUCUGCCAGAGGUGGUGUUGUCGGAUUUGUGGUCUAGUAUUUCGGUAUACAAAAUAUAUUUCGUGUUAAUUCAACUAUUAUUCUCAACGAGAAAGUGUUUUAGUGUGGUGUGAACGGUUUUGUUCAAGAUAAGUUUAAUUGUGAAGGGACAAGUAGAGCUACUUUAAUAGGUACACAUAUUAGUAUUGUGUUGAUUUGAGUGGUUUCUGCGACUUACGUCACAGCAGCCGGCCAAUCGUCCGCCGCCGUGGACGGCAACAGGCUGUUGAGAAGUGGUUUUGAUUUUGACACUUCGUUGACUGUAAUCACAAUCAGAUGUUCAUGUAUCCGCGCUGAACUAUGCUUCUGAAAUGCACCGCGGACGGGAGACGGAUCAAAGUGAAUGGACCAGGCCAGGGAAAUGUCGCGAGAGGCAUGAAAAUGACAAUGUCACCAUUGUCAUCCUCACCCACAAUGAGCGCCCGCGUCCAUAGGAAGGUGAUACGCGCGCCGCACAAGCGCCAGCUGCCGGGCAAGAUGGCCCACGCGGGCAAGAUGGCCCACGCAGGCAAGAUGGUGCACCCGGGCAAGGUGCACCCGGGCAAGGUCCACCCGGGCAAGUUGGCGCAUCUGGACAAGUUCGGGCGGCUGCAUUACUCGCACACGCACGCGCGGCCGCCGGAGCCCUGCGAGAACAGCAACGACAGCGGGCUCGGCCCGGACCACGAUCAGAGACAUAACACAGUUAACAGAGAACCCGAGGAGUGGGAGCGGUGCGCGGCGGCGGUUAAGAUUGAGUGCGACGACGCUAACGACGCGUAUGCGUUCUCGGCACCGAUGCAGGCCGCGCCCGCGCACGCGCACGCGCCGUCGCCCGCGCCCGCUGCGCCCGCUACGACCGACGCUACCGUGAUGCCCCCUGUAAUACGAGCAAGUUGCAGCAUAUCUAGUCCCAGCACCGAAACAGAGACAAGACUAAACUACCCCGACUACCGGUCGUGCGGCAAGCUCGGCAGCGGGGGCAAAUACGCGGGCGGGGGGAAACUCGCCGGGGGAAAACUAGGGGGGAAACUCGGGGGCAAGUUGGGAGGGAAGUUUGGGGGAAAACUGGCGCAGGCCUUGGCGAGGAGAAGAGCGCUGGUGGCGAUGACGCAGGGCGCGCCGGGGCUGGCCGCGCCGCUGACAGGCCGGUCGAGGGACGGCACGGUGGAGCUGCAGAUACUGUGCCAGCCGGAGACGCAGCACAGAGCCAGAUAUCAAACGGAGGGCAGUAGAGGAGCGGUGAAGGAUAACUCCGGGAACGGGUUCCCAAUAGUCAAGUUGGUGGGGUACGACAAGCCUGCGGUGCUGCAGGUAUUCAUCGGCACGGAUACAGGGCGGGUGGCGCCCCACAUGUUCUACCAAGCAUGCCGCGUGUCAGGCAAAAACUCCACUAGCUGUAAAGAGAGGAAAGAAGACGGGACCGUGGUCAUCGAGAUCGACCUGGAGCCGGCGCGAAACUGGCAGGUUACCUGCGACUGCGUCGGGAUUCUCAAGGAGCGUAACGUGGACGUGGAGCACCGGUUCGGCGAGCUGGGCGGGCCGGCGGCGCACGUGUCGCGCGGCAAGAAGAAGUCCACCCGCUGCCGGAUGGUGUUCCGGACCGAGAUCGUCAACGCGGACGGACAGACCGAGACCCUGCAAGUGUGCUCCACGCAGAUCAUAUGCACGCAACCCCCCGGCGUACCGGAAGUGUGUCGAAAGUCUCUAGUGUCCAGUCCGGCGACGGGAGGGCUGGAACUGUACCUAUUAGGAAAGAAUUUUCUCAAGGAGACAAGAGUCGUGUUCUGCCAUCGUCAGGACGGACGAAGCGUAUGGGAGGAUGAAGUCGUUCCCGACAAGGAGUUCCUUCAACAGACACACCUAGUGUGUUGCGUGCCGCCGUACAUCCGCUCGGACAUCACCGAGCCCGUUCCCGUACAACUUUUCGUCCGGUCGGGCGGCAAGGCGUCGGAGCCCCACAACUUCACGUACACCCCCCCGGCCCUGGACACGGGCCCGCAGCACUGCACCAGACACCACGCGCAAGGUGCAGGUGCAGGUGCAGGUGCAGGUGCAGGUGCGGACGACGCCGGCGCCCGGCCCGUGCUCGUGUGGGGCGGCGCGGGCGGCGCCAUGAUGCCGCCGCCCGCGCUGCCCGCGCGCCGGCCCUCGCUCAUCCUGCCCGACCCGCACGAGCCGCUAGGGCUCAAGGCCGAGCUGCAGGACGACUCCAGCCAGCACAGCCUCCACGACCACGCCGACUCCUGCGGCCCCGAGGGGCCCGAGCGCCUCUCCGACGACCUGAAGGUGGUCGACCUCCGCCUCAAGGCCGAGGCGAGCCGCGACGGCUCCUCCUUCGGCGCCGCCUACGACGCCAUCAAACUGUCCCCUCCCGCCGCCCCGCAGAGCGAGCCCCCCUCCCCCCUCGCCUCCUUCACCCAGCAGCUGCAGGCCAUCCAGAACCAGGUGCAGACCGACAAGAUGGUCGAGUCCGUCACCGCCGCCAUCUUCAACUCGGACGACCCGGGCGGCCAGAUGUACCCCGCGUCGAUGCCGAUGCCGAUGGCCAUGGACCCGAUGCGGCGGCUCAUCUCCGCCAAGAACAACGCGAUGCCGAUGCAGCAGGACAUGAAGGCGCUGAACCGCGAGCUGAUGAUCACCGACGCGAGCAUGCAGGCCGCCGCCGAACCCGGCCUGCUGACCUUCGGCCACAUGUCGCAGCCGCAGCGGCGGCCGGCCGAGCCGUUCAACCCUUUCACUAUCACCAAGAUGGAGAUGGAGACCGACCAGAUAGAGCAGCGCAUCGCGCAACAGACCGCACACAUGGAGGCCCUGGUGGAGGACGCGAUGAAAGCGACGGCGGUGAUGCUGCCGGCCGACGCGGCCAAACUCGACGAGCUGGUCAACUCCCGCGUGGAAGACCACCUCUCCGGCGCGUCCACGUCGUCCUCGACGACGUCGCACGCGUCCGACGUGCUGCUCAGCCCGACGGCGGCGGUCGGCUCCGUGUCGCCUCACGACACCCUGAUGGCCCCUCUCCCGCCAUCGGCGAUGUCUCCGGACGUGAUCUUAAACCCCCAAGUGUCCCCGAGCAUGCUGUGCGACGGCGGGCAGCGCAUGGUGAUGCAGGCGCCGCCGCCGUCGCAGGAGGAGCUCAUGAUGAUGACGGAGCUGACGUCGUCGGUGAAGACGCCGCCCGCCGCCGUCAAGUCCAUGAUCCUGAACGCCGCCGCGGAGAUCCUGACGUCAGACUCGACCAUGAACGCGCUCGUGACGUCGGCGAUCAACACCGCCAACAUUCUGACGACGGAGAGCGCGGGCGGCGCCGCGAUGCAGAUGCCGGAGCAGCCGAGCCCGAGCGAGCCGGCGGCCGACCCGCCGCUGUCGGCCAUGUCGCAGGCCGUGUCGCAGGCCGUCACGCAGGCCGUGUCGCAGGCCGUGUCGCAAGCCGUGUCGCAGGCCGUGUCGCAGGAGAUGACGGCGCCCGUGCAGGGGCUGACGGACAUGAGCGACAGCGACCUGCUCUCCUACAUCAACCCGAGCACCUUCGACCAGGUUUAAACUGCGGCGCCGGGACGGUCGGGAACAGACAGUGCUAUGCAUUUCAUACUAGUGACGUGUCAAAGGCUCAAAGCAGUUUAUACGUGAUUUUUUAAUGGACCGGAUGAAUGGAUGCCAGGAUAAGCGACGUGGACACUAUCUCCUUGCGAUGGCUGGAAGUGUUAAUGAUUCUCAAUAUUAUAUUCGUGUGUGGAGUGUUUCUGGAUGUUUGUAAACAGCGGACGAGUCAAUUAUGUUUUCAUGUGAGUCAGUAUUACAGGGCCAACAAAAUACAUAUACAUAAUUGCAAAUGAAUCCUUGGAGUAUCGGUGGGAGUGGAUGGAGGCAAUUUAUGAUUUCGAAUUUUAUGUAAAUAGUGAUAGCUUUGUAUCGAUGUUGUUAUUAAAUUAAUUAGUUUUAUAAGUGUCAUUGCGUGUAGGAAUAUACAUAAUCAUGUUGCUAAGCUUGUUGUUCGAUGGUUAAGUUAGGUGGAGAAUUUAAUCGGUGAUUGAUUAAAUUGAUUUACGCA